AUGUUUGCCCCCACAAAGAACUGGUUCAACCAGCCUCUGACGAGGCCCCAUGACCCCCUUGGCAAAACAACGGUUUCAUUCUUUGCGCCACUGCUGACCUCAUUGUCUCUUUGUGAAACGAAAAUCCAGCAUUGCAUUCUGCUAAAUGGCAAACCAUCCGACAGCUGGGAGAGAGGCGCAUCUCUCCCCCCGCAUGGAGCUCCGCAGAUGACCGCUGAAGAGAUCGCCGCCGCGCUUCCCCCGGCUCCACACAGUCUUGAAGGGGACACGUUGUCCGUGAUUGAGAAUCCAGGAGCUGUCCAACAUCCUUUCAGCACAGAUGGGACCGGGGUAGGAGGGGACAGAGAGGCCCAGGGCAGCCCCGUCUGGCUAAGAGAGGUUCACCCCCCGAACCCAGUGUCCUCCAAGGGGGUGGGUCACAGGCUGGUGAGGGUGCUGGUGGCUCUGUGUGCACUGGGGCUGCUCGGCGGUGUUGUCGCUGGCCUCUGGUUCAUAGUGAAGCUGCUGAUGAGGCCUGUCUCCACCCAGACUCCUGCAGGCCUGGGAGACACUAAGGAGACCUCCUUCUGCAAUGUGACUGAGGACAUCUCCGUCACUGACCCCAGGAAAGUGUUUUACAGGAUCAGCGCGGAGAACUCGCUGCUGGAGAUCCAGCUGCAGAGACAGCAGACCUGGCUGCCCGUCUGCUUCGAGAGGUGGAACUCCUCGCUGGGCACGCUGGUGUGCAGGCAGCUGGGCUACCUCAGGCUCACCAAGCAUAAAGGAGUGAACCUGACAGACAUCGGACCCAAUUACACUGAUGGAUUUGUGCAAAUUACCUCUGAACACAAAAGCAGUCUAGAAAACAUAUGGCAAUUCAGGGGAAGCUGCAUCACAGGGAAGGUUAUAGCUCUGAAAUGUUUUGAGUGUGGGACACGAGCCAAGCUGCCGAGGAUCAUCGGGGGUGUGGAGGCCACCCUGGGCAGGUGGCCCUGGCAGGUGAGCCUGUACUACAGCAACCGCCACACCUGCGGCGGCUCCAUCAUCACCAGCCAGUGGAUCGUCACGGCAGCACACUGCGUCCACAAUUACAGGCUACCGCAGGUGUCCAGCUGGGUAGUGUACGCUGGCAUUGUGACUCGCAGCUCAGUCAAACUGGCCCAGCACACUGGAUAUGCUGUGGAAAAGAUCAUCUACAACAAGAACUACAACCACAGGAGUCAUGACAACGACAUCGCCUUGAUGAAGCUGAAGACCCCUCUGAACUUCACAGAUACCAUCAGGCCUGUGUGUCUGCCGCAGUACGAUCAUGACCUGCCAGGGGGGACGCAGUGCUGGAUCGCUGGCUGGGGGUACACACAGCCCGAUGAUGUCCAUAUUCCUGACACCUUGAAAGAAGCCCCGGUGCCUCUGAUAAGCACAAAGAAAUGCAACAGCUCCUGCAUGUACAACGGAGAGAUCACUCCCAGGAUGCUGUGCGCCGGCUACACGGAGGGCAAGGUGGACGCCUGCCAGGGCGACAGCGGCGGUCCCCUGGUCUGUCAGGAUGAGGGCAUUUGGAGGCUGGUGGGCGUGGUCAGCUGGGGGACAGGCUGUGCCGAACCAAACCAUCCGGGCGUCUACACCAAAGUGGCCGAGUUCCUGGGAUGGAUUUACGAGAUGAUUGAGAACUACUGA